AUGAUCACCAGAUUUUUUGUGGAGAAGAUAGAGGCCGACGCCGUGCUGAGCCGGUGACGACGAGCAAACUCAGGCUUCUGGGAGGAAAUCAAGCAGGGCAAUCUGGAAAGGGAAUGCCGCGAGGAGAUCUGGAACUAUGAGGAGGCCAGGGAAGUGUUUGAGGACGACACCCUGACGAGACAAUUCUGGGAUACGUAUGAACGACGGGAACCCUACCAAAUCAACCCAUGUCGUAACAACGACGUGAGUGUCACCGUCGGGAGCGGCUUCCAGUGUCAUUGCGCCGAAGCCUUUGAAGGACGCUUAUGUCAGAAUGGGUUUGAAGACUCACUCAAGAGUAACAUGCAAAACGGCCAGUGUGAGCACUUUUGCGAUGGCUCAGGGAAAUACCGAAAAUGUUCCUGCGCUGAUGGCUACAUCCUGGGCAAAGAUGCGACAGUGCAUCGCUCAGGUGAAGUUUCCAUGUGGCUAAGCGGCACCAGUCAACCAGAGCAUGAUGGGCCAGCUGAUUACUGGAGUGAAACUACUCACACGGACAGUUCUAUGAAGUGGAAAUUGAGCCAAGGCUUCCUGGAGGUUCUGAUUCAGUUGAAUGGAGCCAGUCAUUGUGGAAGCGCUUUGAUCCGUCCUGACCGGGUCCUUACCGCAGCUCACUGUGUCCACGGAAUCAAGCCUGACAAACUUGCUGUGGUGGCAGGGGAACAAAACUUGGACGCUGACGAUGGCACGGAACAAAGAAUCCUCGUUUCCAUCGUGAUUACUCAUGAGGAUUACGAACCAGCAACGGGCGACAACGACAUUGCGCUUCUGCACUUGAGUGGAGGCGUGCCCCUGAGUCGAUAUGCCAUACCCAUCUGCCUACCUACCAAAGAUGAGCUGCUGCUGGAGCCCACAGACAUUGUUUGCGGAUGGGGUCGGAGGACCAGAGGAGGAAACAAAGACGCCUACAGUAGCACAACAGCAUCCGGGGAGGUCCUCGCCUUCCCCGUCCUCCGCAGCAAGUCCGUGCCCAUCAUCGAGCACUUCGUUUGUUCCCAGAUAGUCGGGUUCAACAUUACCGAGCGCAUUCUAUGUGCCGGCUACCCGGCGGGUCUGCGGCAGAGCUGCCUCGGAGAUGACGGGAGCCCAUUGACCACUCUCUACGGUUCCACCCACUUCCUUACAGGAGUGGUGGCUUGGGGGCGAGGCUGCUCAGUCCGAGGCUACUUUGGCGUUUACACCAAUGUGGCCAAAUUUGUUGACUGGAUGGAGUCCAAGAACCUGCCCUUAACAGCAAUGUCACCUGAUACUCUGUAGAAGAAAGUUCAACACUCACCAAGACAAAGAUUUCCCCUUUGAAAAGUUCAAAGGUCAAGAUCAGAAAUUGGAAAAAAUAAAAG